AUGGUGGACCCAGGAAAACCAAUCCCUUGCCCGCUAGGUCAGCCCGUCAGCAAACGUUUGAAAAAGGCCAAAAGCAGUGCCGAGAAGGAGCUUGAGGAGUUUGAACGUAAUGAAGACGAUUGGGCCGAUCGACGAUGUACCAAGCUCAGAAACAGAAUCUUGAUUCAGUCACAGUCACAGUCACAGUUGAACCCAAACGCAAAUGAUUGGCAUGGAAGCAAAUUGAGUGGAAACGAACCCUCUGAUCCCAAUUCACCCUUCCGAUUUGAAUUUGAUUACGAAGUUCGUGCUGAUCCUGAAGAAUAUGAUCGUGGGCCUAGUCCGAUUGAAGAUCCGUCUGAUUCAUAUGAUGAAGACGACGAGGUGGUCCAGCAUGUAACCAGCGUAUCUUAUCAGGAACGUCGUGUCAGGGAGGAACGUCAAUGGGCUAACAAUCUCACCCCCAUGUUCAUCGCUUUCAUGGAAGCAAGCAAGAUGACCAUGCAAUGGGGAACGGCAGCCUGGGAUGUUGACUGGAAACCUGACUGCCGCUGCUUGACCGCCAAGAAAAGGACUCGACCGGUAGAUGUUGUCGACAUAUUUAGUAUGUAUCACCUAGUCCUGAUGCCAAAUUGUGUAUAUUGA